AUUGCUUUUUGACAAAUGUAGAGCGAGACUGGCCAAAAUUGGCCAGAAAAAUGUUCUCAAGGUUGAUCGUAAACUUAAGGAUUCUCGGGAAAAGCCCGGACGUGCAGAAUUCAUAGGCGAUGCUUUGGAGAUGAAUGAGAGAUUAUCGAGAGGAAAAAUGCGGAAACCAACAAAACGAGUGUCGGCGACGAAAAACAUUGUUGUUGAAUUUUGUCCCGAGGAGAAUUGUUCAGAACUCGGCAAGUCACAUUAUCGCGAACAGUUAUCGGCAAUUCGUGGAGCACCGCGAAACAAUGUGCCGAUUAAAAAAUCACCAACUUUACCAACAUUGAAGAACGUCGCUUCCUCCGCGAUUUACGAAACAAGAAAAUUGGGACAUCUCGAGAUCCCGGCGAUGAGCGAGGGAUUGCCUGGAAUAAAAAAGAAGGAAAGCUCAAAAGUUGAAGAUCGAGAACUCGAUCGGAAAAAGUCACAAUGGCAACUGUUAAAGGAAGACAAAAACGGGCGAGGCCAAAAAAGUAAAAUGACCAAUUCUCAGAUGAAAAAGCUUCAGGAAACGCUUCAACGUUUGAGCAAUAACGAAGAAGCACAACGUGCCUGGGACGAAAAAUCGAAAAGAGAAAAUUGUUCUUCCGGUGUAUCGUUGGAGUCGGUAAAAAAUCCGAGAACCGUAAGAUUCGAGGAUGAAAUUGCAAGGGUAAGGGAAGAAAUUUUUCCUCGACGAAAAGUCGAUAAAAGUGGUGGAGAUGCGAGUUUGGAAGCAUUGCAAAAACGGUUGUGGAGGGAGAAAAAUACGGGGAUUACAACGAAGAUGUCAACUUUAGAGAGACUCAAAAAAUCUUGGUUAGACGAGAAAAGUGGAAAAAUGGCCGAUCGUGGUGGGAAUGAUUUUGAUAGAGACCGAAUGAGAAACUCGAGAAACGCAACGAAAAGAAUGAACGAAGAGAAGCCUCUGAGUAACGAGGAGAUUGAAAAUUUUAUAAAUAAUUACGACGCGAGAGAGAAGAACCCGAGAAACGGAGAACCGGAAUUGCGAGCACCGUCGAGCGAUCAAGUCGCCCAAAUGUUGGCUCACCUAAAAAUCGAUGAUCCUCUGGAAUACGAGGAAGAAGAUAACAGCAAUUUUUUAACUCCUGUACGUGACAACUUGGAGAAAUCUUCUGGUGUGAAAAAAACAUUCGAAUCCCGGGAUUUUGGAACGGAAAUGGGUGACAAAUAUUCUGAAUGCUUUCACUCUGAAAAGUAUCAUCAAGAGAAGGGAAAAUUAAUAAAUAUCGGAGUAAAACAACCAACUAGAGUAAAAGAGGAAAAUUCCGUUUUCGACGAGGGACGGAAGUAUCAAAAUGAAUCUUCUGAUUUUUGGCCAGACAGCGAGAGUCUUUUGAAAAUUUGUCUCAACGAAAGUAAAACUCAAAUUCCUAACUGUUUCGUUUCAGGAAUUCUGAAAUCGGAUUAUUUGCGAAGUGGACCCGAUCUCAAUCCCAUUUAG